GGCGCUCAUACUGUAUUAUCUGCAUUAUGACCCACUCUGACACGUACCCCCUACCAUUCGAAUACGUGGAGGCUGCAAUUUUACGAGGACAUACAACGCCUCUCAUUCACGGAUUGCAUGGCCAGUAAGGAAGGUGCCACGCCACGAGCUUGGUCUUGUCGGGCUCAUUCGGAUACGGAACAACGGCAUGCCUCCCCCCAAAGCCAGCAAUGGCGACUCUCUUGCCAUCUCCUGAAGACCUACUAUUACACGGAUAAAACUUCUAGACAUUUAUGAUUUGGGAAAGUUGGGACCAUGGAUCUGGUUUUGUGGUCCAUCCAACACACACUUAUCCGAGCAUCACCUUUGCUUUCGCAUGCGACCUUUCUUACCGGCGGCACCUGAACAGCGCAGCCAACGUGCUGAAGAUCACUGGCAUAAUCAGACAUUGUGUUUAGAUCGUCCCUAGAGCAACCCAGCUCUCGAUUGUAGCAUGCACCAAACAGGAUCGCUACCGCUUAUCUUUUCCGCCAAGUAAUCGAAGAACACUUAUUUUAUUCCCCAGAUAGCGUGGGUCCCCCACUUUGAUUGUAUAUGUCCGUGGUGAAAGCAGUUUUUAACUGCUUUCACCACGAACUAUGCUUGAUAUGUAUUGAAUUUCACACAAUUUGCAUGUUCAAUCGAUCAUUUCCCCCACAUUGAUGCCUCCUUGCAACAUACAAUUACAUAUCCAUAAAUCAUGCAUCCUACGCGAAAGCUGUCCCAAUUGACCAUACCUGUACUAGAAGCCAUGUGUGGACGAUAAUACAAGAUAGAUCUCAAAUUUAAGCGUACGAGC